UAUUGCUUUUGGAGCCAACUCGCCCGCAAUAAGCAGACACUCCUGUGGCUCGGGCUCCUCUACGGCAGCACAGGAGGGCAGGGCCGUACCCCUGCCAUGGAAAACCGCAUUCCUUCUGCCCGUUGGUCUGUUUGCUCUGGUGCCCGGAGAUAACGCUAUUUCUGGCGUUGUUUGUGCUGCAGCAGCUGCUCAGCAGUGAAGGUGGGUGAUGGCAUUCUUCGGGUUUGGUUUUAACUCUCGCAUAAGCUCCGCCAGCUCCGUGCGCCCGCCGCGUCACACCCCAGAGCCUGCGGGCAGGAGGGGGAAGGCACAGCGCCUCUUGCGUUCCCUCUUCUUAAAAACGCUCAAGGGAGGGGAGAAGAGAUUUUUCUCUAUUUGUGGAAGGAAUAUCGAGCGGGCAGCAGCGGGAUGUUGUUGCUGCGCGCUACCCUGGAGAUGCACCCGGGCCAGGCAGCGUCGCACAUCCGCGGUGCUGGCACCGCCCCUGGCACGCGAUGUGCUGGACCGGGGCCACCCGCACUUUGCAGGCGGAUCUCUGCUCUGCUCGCUCCUAACGCCGGGCGUCUGUGGGCCGUGCGGUCCGAGCACGGAGCUGCAGGUCGGAGUUGGAUGCGGGGUGCAAGAGUGGCGUUCCCUGGGGACGGGACGCAGCGAGCAGAGCGGCAGCGAUCUGUGAGCUCUCCCACCCCCGCGGCGCAGAGCCGUCCCAGGCAUGCCUUCCUCCCGCCCCUCCCAGCACCACCAGAAAUAGCUCGAGCCUUGGUGCCCGGCUCGCAGUGCCUCCAGCGGGCUGGCAGCUCCUCUAGGAGCCCCACGCUCCGUAUCCCUGGCGCUGGUCCUGACCCCACGAGCACCUCCCCGAGCGCCGCGCCGCCUGCUCAUCUCCUCCAGCGCCCGAUGGCCAACAGCACUCCGCUCUGGGACAACAGCAGCCGGGCUCUGUGCCCCGUGGAUGCCGCCUUCGCGCAGCGCUUCCUGCCCAGCGUGUACCUGGUGGUGACCCCGCUGGGGCUGCUGGGGAACGUGCUGGGGCUGUGGUAUCUGCACUCUGGCCCCCGCAGCCCGCUCAGCCGGCUGGUGGGCCACCUGGGCCUGGCCGACCUGCUGUACGUCUGCACGCUGCCCUUCCUCAUCAGCUACUACCUGCAGGGCCGCACCUGGGCCUUCGGGAGGGGCUGGUGCCGCCUCACCCGCGGGCUCUUCCAUCUCAACCUCUACGCCAGCAUCGGUUUCCUCACCUGCAUCAGCGUGCACCGCUACCUGGGCAUCGUGCACCCGCUGCGGGCGCGGGGCCGCUGCCAGGCUGCCGUGUCUCCAGGCCGGCUCAGCGCGGCCGUGUGGCUGUGGGUCAUGGUGCAGGUGGGCCCUGACUUCGCCUUCAGCAAGAUGGACCCCAUGGGGAUGCGGUGCCACGACACGACGGGGGAUGAAAGCCUGGGUGCCUACGUGCCCUACACCGCCGCCAUCACCGUGACGGGGUUCGUCAUCCCCUUCCUCAUCAUCGUCGGGUGCUACUGCCACGUGGUAGUGGUGCUCUGCAGGAGCGACACGGUGGAGCCCGGGCUCAGGAGGAGCAGCAUCAGGCUGGUGGUGCUCGUCAUGGUCCUCUUCUCCGUCUGCUUCCUGCCCUACCACAUCUUCAGGAACCUCAACUUGCUGUCCCGAGCCUGGCAGCGGCAGGGGUCCUGCACACAGGCCAUGAAGAACAUCUACAUCUCCUACCAGGUGACCAGGGGCCUGGCCAGCUUCAAUAGCGCACUCAACCCUUUGCUCUACAUCAUGACCAGCAAAGACUGCAUGUCACGCAUGAGGAAUAUCCACCAAAGGGCCAAGGAGACCCUGGGAUCCAUCUUCACAUGGGAAUCCUCUAAGCGAGCCCACAAGAUGAGGAGCAGCAUCGUCUUUGAGUUGCAGGAGGCUUCUGAGCAGCUCUGAUCAGUGCAGCACCUCCCCGACACCUGUGCACAUCAGCUUCAGCUUUCCCCCACCUGAAGCACGCUUUGUGCACAAGCAGCUGCAACGCAUGACCGCAGCAGUGAAACUUGAAGCAGCAGAUUUCAAAAGGGGCACAUGAGUUAGAACUGCCCCCUACCUGGAGAGCACAGCCCCACACAGGACUGAAGUAAGAGCAAAGCCUGACCAGUACCAGCCAGCUGCUGCUUACAUGGCCCCACCUCACUGCUCCACAGAGGACACAGUGGCGAUCACAUGGGGCUAAUGCAUCUGAGGUGCAAAUAAACACUUGACAUGUUCACUUGUGCCCCUCUGGCUUCUUCUAAAGCUUAGUGGCAGCACAGAGCCAGCUGGCCUGGGGGAUGGAGCUGGGGCACACACCAGCUCUGCUCCCCCCCCAUGCGCCCAGCUCUCAUCCGCUGCCCCCCCAUCAUUGAGGGUGAAUUAAAGAGUAUCCCACAAACCAGCCCUGAGCCCAGGAUCUGUAGCAUCUCGUGGUUCCAUAUCCCACGUCAGUCAAUCCAGCAGAAGCCAUCGGGAUCUGUACUCUGUAACAAUGGCUCCAGGGCUUGG